CAAGGUCACGUCGUGAAUUCGAACCUGGGGUUCCUCAUAUAACUUGUUGGGUGAUUUAACUGUGAACAUGUCGAACUCUAUGCUGACAUUAGAUCCAAAUUGUACAGUAUUUCUCAUGUGUGACGUACAAAAAAGCUUAUUAAACACUGUUAUUGACUCGGAUAAUGUUCAUUUGCGUAUAUCUCACAUUUUACAAUUAGGCAAAGCAUUGGGUAUCCCAUUAUUAGUUACUGAACAGUAUUCUAAAGGUCUAGGUAAGACGUCAGAUUCUCUCGAUAUAUCACAUGCAUUAUGUGUGGUUGAUAAAACUUCUUUUUCUAUGUAUCACGGAUUAAUCGCUGAGAAACUAGCUGAGUUUCGUGAUCGUUUCAUUGUUUUAUUUGGACUUGAAGCACAUAUAUGUAUUCUUCAAACUGCUCUGCAUUUAUUGUCUGAAAAUUAUAAGGUUGUUAUCGUAGCCGAUGCAUGCAGUUCUCGAAGUGCUGUUGAUAUGAGAAUUGCUCUACAACGUUUAAAUUCUACUGGUAUAAUACUAUCAACAACUGAAUCAUUGUUAUUUGAACUAAUUAAAACAAAAGAUUCACCAUAUUUCAAUUUAGUUAAAAGUAUGGUACGCACACAUUUACCAGAUCAUCCGGCAUUGAUCAAUUAUUGAAUUCAUUAAAAUCCAUGUCUAUUCUCCUUUUCUUCUUGCUCUUCUUCUUCUUCGAAAGAUUCAUCUUUUAAAAAAUCCAAAUUCUGUAUGAUUUUAUUUGAAAUUAGAAUACAAUAUAUUUUCCAUGAAUUAUUUGUUGAUAUAUUUAUACUCUGUGAAGAAUUACUACCUGGUUGGGAGCCACAAGACGAUAGCAACUGAUGGUUAUAGACCUUGAAUGAUAUGGAUCAAAAUUGUUUCUAAUAAUGCAGGUGCAUUCACUCUUUGUUUUUUCCCGAAUUCUAAUCUUCUGAAUUCUUUUACUUUUACUACUUCUAUCACUAUGGGAUUCAAAUAGACAAUGGUAUCUUUGUGUUAAUGUGGUAUGGCAACUCGAACUAAUGUAUGUAUAUACAAAGUUCUACGUUGUUGCUGACUGACUAUUGUGGUUUAUGCUACUGAUGUCAACAGAUAUAUGUAGUAUGUAUCGAAUGUAAAAUGCCUAGUAUCAGGAAGUUGAAAAGAUCAAAGAAAAGAGAACAGAAACAAAGCAUGAUUGGUGUGGAAGCGAAAGAACAAUGAAUUCUGAGACGAUUGAUUGAGAUUUUGCAAAUGAAGUAUUUACUGUAUGGUUCUUAAAUUUGACUAAGAUGUUCUAUAAUUUUGUGUUCAAAUACAUUCGAUUGUCCUCA